UCAGGAGGACCUGAUUUCAAAUCCAGCCUCAGACACUUGACACUUAAUAGCUAUGGGACCCUGGGCAAGUCACUUAACCCCAGUUGCCUCACAAAAAGAAAGAAAGAAAAGAGAGAGCAAAUAAUUAUGCUUCUGGGUUCCUAGUGGUCCCUGUUUUUAUUUGAGAUUGAUUACUGAUCUAACUAAUAAAGAGGGAAAGCCUACUAUAAUACUAGGAUAAUGAGGAAGGAUUCCAUUAAGCUAAGGGCACCAGAACUCAGCCUUAAAGGAAGCUAGGAUUCUUAAAGAUGGAAAUAAGUACAGGGAAGUGGUGGGUUGACUUGACUUGAAACCAGGGCCUACCCAGCACAAGCAUCUUGUGAUCUGCCUUGUCACAGUAAUCAAAUCAGUAUGACUUGUUACUUGCCAGACAGAAACAUCCUACUCUGGUUCCCACUUCCCUUUGUCUGUUUAUAUCCCCAAUUAAAACCAUCUCACUUUGAUACUUGUAUUUGCAAUAUCAAGCACAGUGUCAGACUCAUUGUAGGCACUUAAAUGUUUGUUCAUUCAUCCAUCCAACCAGCCAUCUUGUUUUGGCAGCUCCAUGAAAUAUUGAUGAGGCCUUAGAAAACUAUUAUAAUUGCACAGUAUAAUAGAUGAGGGUUUUUGAGGGCCUGAACCAAGUUUGUGGUUGUGUGAGUGAAAAGAUAAGCACAGAGCUGAGGAUGUUGUAGAAGCAGACUCCAGGAAAUUAUUGAUUUCCACAAUAAGACCCUCUACAAUUUGGAAGUGGAUAGAGUGCCAGGCCUGGAAUCAGGAAAACUCAUCUUCCAGACUCAUCUUCCUGAGUUUUCAAAUCUUCCCUCAGAUACUACCUGUGUGACCCUAGGUCAUUGCUUAAAAUGCAACUGAAUCUGAACAACCAUGAAGUGGCUAUGUAUAGUUAUGAGCGCCAAAUUAAGAUACUCUGUUUUGGUAAAUAUAGCAAUGAUUCCAAACCGGAUGAAAGUUGUUCCAUGUCCUUAUAUCAUUAGUAAUAGAAUGAUGUCACAUUAUAAAUCUAAAAAGAAUAUCACAGAAUAUUACAAUAUACUUAACCUUGAGGAAGGCUGUUCUGCUGUUGAAGUAAGAGAAUCUUUUCGUCAACUUGCCAAGCAGUUUCAUCCAGAUAGUGGAUCCAGUACUGCUGAUUCUGCAGCUUUUAUACAGAUAGAAGAAGCCUAUAGGAUGGUACUUGACCAUGUAAUGGAGAAAACAAAAAAGAGACAAAAUAAAGUUGAGGAAGAGGAGGAUGAAGCUACUCCCAAAUAUAAAACACCACAACAUAGGCAUUAUUUAAGUUUUGAAGGUUUUGGUUUGGGAACUCCAAGUCAACGAGAAAAACAAUAUAGGCAAUUUAGAGCAGAUCGUGCUAGUGAACAAGUAAUGGAAUAUCAAAAGCGGAAACUGGAAAACCAAUAUUAUGCUAAUAGUGUGACUGCUAAAAAUGUAAGACAAAGUAAGAAUCAAAAAAUAACUCAAGCAAUUGAGCGCUUAGUAGAGGACCUCAUUCAGGAGUCAAUGGCUAAAGGAGACUUUGAUAAUCUCAGUGGUAAAGGAAAACCCCUGAAAAAAUUUUCUGGCUGCUCAUACAUUGAUCCUAUGACUCACAACCUGAACAGGAUUCUGAUAGAUAAUGGAUACCAACCAGAAUGGAUUUUAAUGCAAAAGGAAAUAAAAGAUACUAUUGAGCAACUCAGACAAGACAUUCUGGUGUCAAGGAAUAAACUUGGGCAUCCAAUGACAUCAAGUGAGCUAAAGCAGUGGAGCCAAGAUUGUGAGAAGUUUCAAGAAAAUAUUAAAAAAUUAAACAAGCGAAUUAAUUAUUUUAAUUUGAUUGUUCCUAUUCUGAACAGGCAAAAAGUUCAUUUUGAUGCAGAGAAAGAAAUUGCCAAAGCCCUAAAAAAUUAUGAAAACCUAAUAGAAGCACGGAAGAUGGAUAAUAAAAGCACAACUAACAUUGAAGCAGAAGAUGUUAAAACGGUUGGAUUCAAGGCAGGUUUUUUUAAAUGGCUAAGUCUAUGGCGAUGAUGGUAAAAUAUGAGGAUUUCAAGAUUCAGUGCCAUUGUGAUUCAGUCUUUUUUUUUUAAAGAUAUGCUGACCUCAAGCAUGAGAUCUGUACUAUCACACUUCUAAGAAUUUAUGUCUUCCCAUCUCUCUAUUUUCAUCUUUGUCAGUGACUCCAGAAGUUAUCGAAUGAACGGAUUUCCUACUAGUCUUUAGGAUGCAUGUACACAUCAGCUAUUUUCCAAAAACAAUAAACCCAAGAGGACUCAUUUCCGGGGGGAAGGAGAGAGACAUUCAACAAACUUUGAAUUUAAGAACAUUAGUCAUCAAGUGAAAUGAGCCAGUAUAAGACUAUGGGAAUAGUAAAUUCAAGGUAUGAGGUCAAUAAAGAUUGCUUCUACUACUAAA